UACUGAGAGAACGGUGAUACACAGUGCGUGCGUGCACAGUUGCCUCUCACAGGUGUUGCAGACAUGAUGCUGGCUGGUUCCCUUCUCCUGCUCUUCCUCUUAGAUGGGGUGAACUCUCAGGAGAACUGCAACUAUCAGGAUGUUUUAGACCACCUGAACUUGACCAGACACAACGAGCGCUACUUCAUGACUCGACCUGUCAAAGACUACAAACGCCACACAGAGGUACACCUGGAAGUUCUGCUCUAUGCAAUUCUAGAUGUGGUUGAGAAAGAACAAAAAUUCAUUCCAUACGUUUGGUCUGUCAUGAGGUGGCACAAUGACUACAUUUCCUGGAAUCCAAGUCAGUUUUGUGGAAUUGAUAAUGUUUCUCUUCCCACUGAGAUUCUGUGGAAACCAGAUCUCACUAUAGAAGAAAUGACAGAGAAGGACAAAGCACCUCCAAGUCCAUAUCUCACCAUCAACAAUGAAGGUGAUGUGGAAGUCCAGAACGAUCUGGUGCUGGUCAGCACCUGCAGGAUGCACAUCUACAAAUUUCCUUUUGAUAUACAGAGCUGCAACCUCUCCUUCAAGUCUGUCAUCUAUACUGCCAAGGACAUCCGACUCCUUGCAAGUGACAAUUCCUCAGAGGCUACAGAGUGGUCUCGAGAGGUGAUGCGGACUCAAUAUGAAUGGCUGUUCAUCAACAUGAAAGUCACCACCAUCAAUGCCAGUGAUUUACUCAGCCAAGACAUCAUUGUUUACACUAUCAACAUGAAGAGGAGGUCGGCCCUCUACAUUGUCAACUUCAUACUACCCAUCUUGUUCUUCCUGUGCCUGGACAUGGCCUCAUUUCUGAUCUCAGACAGCAGCGGUGAGAAGCUGAGCUUCCAGGUCACGGUGCUGCUCGCAAUCACUGUGUUACAGCUCAUUCUGAAUGAUAUUUUGCCUUCCUCGUCAAACAGUAUCCCCCUCAUAGCGAUCUACUGCAUUGGGAUCUUUGCUUUGAUGAUGCUCAGCCUCCUGGAGACGAUUCUGAUGAUGUAUCUGACGGAAAAAGACAACAUGCAGCAUGACGACGAGACAGAUAAAGACCAAAGGUUCAGUGGGGACUGUAACAGGCAGGGUAGAGUCAACUUUGACAACUUUCAUGCAGAGAUGCAAGAUUGGACUGAGAAUGGGUGUAUCUACAAUGUUGCUGCCGAAACCCCAGCCGAGCUGCAGAGUAUGGCCAUAGAGCACAACAGCAGCACCAGGCUGGUGGGGGAGAGCCGUGUCUUGGAGAAGGUUUCAGCUGAGCUGAGGGAGAUGGAAAAAACUCUGACUCUGCUCCUGGGCAACAGAAAGGUAGACUACAAGUCCGGCUACUGGACCAGAGUGGCUAAAAGGGUCAACAAAGUCUUCUUCAUUUCCUAUGUUAUAAUGGUCAGUGUGUUUUUAACUGUCCUCUUUUUGAAGUGGAACUAUGCAUAGCGGUAAUCAUAAUAAUAAUAGAGACAUGAAUGAGUGACUCUCUCACCUGCGACACCACAACUCCACCAUUAGUGGACCCCCAAACAAUACCAAUAAAACUAUUACAAUGCUGCAAUGCUAUUAAUUAUAAUAACUAUUAUUAACUUUUUAAUUAUAAAAUAAUUUAAGUGACUCCUGCCUUUGCAGCAAGAUGACCCAGGUUUUGCGACCCGGUCAGAAACAAGGGUCUUUCUGCAUGGAGUUUGCAUGUUCUCCCUGUGUGUGAGUGGGUUUCCUCCGGGUUCUCCAGUUUCCUCCCACAGCCCAAAAACAUGCAGAUUUGGGGAUUAGGUAAAUUGGACACUCUAAAUUGUAAGUGUGAGAGGAUAAAGCAGUAGAAAAUGGAUGGAUGGAUAAUUUAAAUUCUACAUGAACGGUGGCUCAGUUGAAACAAACCCUCCUUAAAAGCACAGCUCUCUGAGAGGACAGUGAAGUUUUAACAUGCUUUGCAGCUUUAGGUUUAAACCAAAGGCACCUGCAGCUGAUCAAUACGACCGUCUGUGAUCAUGCCGAUCAAAUGUUGAUCAUGUUAGUGCUUCUGACGCGUAUCUCCUGGUGUUUUGUUUUACUUGUCUCCUCCUCCUGUUAUUUGAAGUGUGCAUUUCCUAUUAAAAAUGGCAUGCUAUGUUUUGUGAGUGGUGUUCUCGACCGUAUGCUCACUGCACUGCUACUUCGUGGUGUUUGGCAAAUAAUUGUUUAUGUACACAAUGUUGUUAAUGUUAUGUGCAAAGUAGAAUAUAUUCCACGAAUAAAAGUGUCGGUCUUCUGUGUCAGGAACAUACUUUAAUUAAGUCAUGGCUUAAUUUACUUUACAAUAUGCACAUGUCACGUUUUGUUAAUGGUUUGAGCAUUGCUAUGUUGGCUUUUUAUAGCAUUUUCUGCU